AUGUUUUGCACUGAAGCAGUAUUUUCUUGUUUUCAGAGUUCCUCUACAAAUCAGCGGUUUUCACGAAAUGUUGCAAGAAGAAGCCGUAUUUCAGCCCCAUCAAGGCAGGAAACAGGCUUUGCCAACAGUAACAGGAGGCAAUUUUCUAGACGAGCUCGUACUUCGCCAACUAGAAGACAACAAAAUGGAUUCUCUGAUGCAAUUAGAAGAAGGCAAACUACCUUUUCACAGAUCAGAAACAGGCCACCGUCUAAUCCUAGAACUUCAAGCAUUAUAAGAAACAGAAAUAGAAAUUUUAGAUUGAGGCCGAAUUGGAACAGGAGCAGAUUCUCAAAUGUGCGGUUUGGGCGACUUAUAAAUUCUGGAUCUAGAAAUAUUCCUCAAAGGCAUUCAUCAAUAAGCCAUCAACAGAGAAUAUCGAUUCAACCAAGCAACCAGGCAAACAACAGAAUGGUGUCUGUACCAAAAUCUUUAUUGACAGAACUUUUACAAAAUGCAAGGCGAUUGAAUAGGAAAUUGAAUUCGAAUCAAGUGGAAACUAUGUCCGGCACAGUAACACAGCCCCCUAUCAGAUUGACUAUAUCCCCGAACAAUAUCGCUAACAGUUUAACUAGUAAUAUCGGCAAUCAACUACAGAAUCUCCUUCAAUGGAAUCAGAUUCAAAACGUUUUGGAUUCUUCAAUUCAACAGAGGAUUCCGAGUUUACCUUCAAGUCUAUCUUUCCAACCGAACAUUGGAGAGUCGUUCGGAAAUGAUCAGGCAUUAUUGAUACUACCCACUAUGACGCCCCAGAUAAUCAUUGCUCCACAACCAAAACCCACUGUUCCAGAAUACAAGCCCUCGCAGUUCGACAUUGCCUUGCAAGCACAUAUUUUGGACGAACUUGGAUUCGAAAAUCUUGUCACUGACACACCGGAUGCUGCUGAGGUUCACCAACAACAGCCCCAAAAGAAACCGAAAAAGACAAAAAUAGUUAUCAACACUAACACUAAGAGUAAACAUACAGCACAGAACAAUAGCAAAGUGUCGAUAAACCAGCAAGGAAAUAACAACCCAAGUUUACAACAGAUUGCUGCUGUGACGUCAACAACGCUCAAGCCAAUCAGAAUCGUAUUCAGUGGUCAGCAGACAUCGCUUAUGACUGAUGCAGUUACCACCCCUGCACCAGCUGGACAAAUUAGUGUCAAUAACAAUCAAAUUAGUGUCAAUAACAACCAAAAACUCAUCAUCACCCCGUCAGGUAAUUAUACAAUUCAACAUCUUCCAAAUAGCAACAACGGAUUUCAAAUAGCAUGA